CGUCGUGGCAUUUGCAUCGCUCGCCGGCCGCUGAACGAUGGAGAUCGAGCCUGUCUACUACUUCAAGACGAUCCAGGCGGACGCCAAGCGCGUGGUCUUCGAGACGCUUGAGCAUGCCCUGCGCGACCACGUCUACCACCCCGUGGACGCGCAAAAGUGGACGCAGUCGCUUCCGGCCGCCUGCCUCCAGCGGCUCCAGACGCUCGCGGACGGCGCCGCCGGCUUCAAGUUCGUCGUACACCUCGCGCUUCUGCAGAAGAAGAACGGCGGCGUGCACACGUCGUCGGCGUGCGCGUGGAACGCCGACACGGACGGUCAAGUCGUCGUCCGCUACGAGACGCCGACGCUGGUCGCUAUCGCGACCGUCUACGCGCUCAGCCUCGCCUAGAACGCUCUGUUCCUACUACGGUGCCACCGCCCAUGUGUCCAUCUCAUCCUAUACACGAAGUCUACGAUC